AUGGAGUUUCUGACCAGCGAUUUGGACCAGAGUCUAAACUAUGUGUUCCGAAAUGGUUUGAAGUUAAAUCAACCCUUUUAUGGAUGCGAUGGAGUUGAUGGAUUUGCAUUGGGACAGCCUAGACAGUACGUUGGAGCGUAUUUCCUGACAGUUGGAGUGGUUUUGUUGAUCAUCUACAUCCCGUGUCUAAUCGUGAUCUGGAAAAGUGACCUCAUGAAAUCGUCAUGCUACAAAAUCAUGGUUUGCCUUGGGAUCCUUGACAUCUGCUGUAUUUUAACCAAUUCAGUGACAACUGGUUUUCUUGGAAUCCAAGGAGCCACGUUUUGCUCCUAUCCACUUUUUAUAUACUUUAUGGGAUCGCUGGGAUGUGGAUGUUGGAUGGGAUCAUGUGCUUCGUGUAUCCUCUUAGGCAUCAACCGAUGUUGCGAUGUCAAUCAACAUCUCCGGAUCCGCACAAUUUUCCUGGGUCGGAAAAUGUAUUUUACGAUUUCUAUUCCUAUUCUCUAUACCAUCUACUCGACAUUUUUCACCAAACCAAUCAUUUUUAAUUCCAAUUAUAUGAGCUGGUUCUUCAAUCCAAUGCUACCGGGACAUGAGGCAACUGAUUACGUGAAUAUCGCACAUACCAUAAAUAAUUGUGUAGUUUCUGGAGCUACCACUGCGAUUUAUGCGUACCUGUGUAUUUUGUUGUUUGCAAAAAGCAAGCAUUUUCGUUCAGAAUCGAUUUCGAAGACUCAGACACAGAUCUUCUUCCAAUCCGUGCUCAUCUGCUCGUUCAACGCCAUCGCCGCCUACAUCUACGUCUACAUGCAAUUCUUUUAUUCCCCUCCAUCCGUCGUUCUUAUCGGUCAACUCGCUUGGCAGUGUGCUCAUGGUUCGGUCUGUUUGAUCUAUAUCACCAUGAAUAAGACGGUCCGUCGUGGAGUGAUUGAUUUGGUUGUGCCACGUGUCAUCCGGGAUAAAGCUCGCAUCGGAACAAAUCGAGCCGCCAACAUAGCCAGACCGAUUUUGAGCGUGAUUGGAAUGGAACCAAAAAUCGGAGGGACUACAAGAACCGGAACCAGUUCUGGAACUGUUUUCUAG